AUGACGCUAGAGGUGAUCCACCCGGCGAGGAUGCGUCCAGAAGCGAUGGCCGCACCUGUACUAGAAUUUGACUAUCUCAUCUGUGGAGACUGUGGCAAAGAAUUCAUGGAUUCCUACCUUAUGCAGCACUUUGAUUGGGCAACAUGUGAUAAUUGCAGAGAUGCUGAAGAUAAACAUAAGCUUAUAACAAGGACAGAAGCAAAAGAAGAGUAUCUUCUUAAAGACUGUGACUUAGACAAGAGGGAACCGGUGCUCAGAUUCAUUGUGAAGAAAAACCCUCAUAAUUCACGAUGGGGUGACAUGAAACUUUAUUUAAAACUACAGGUAAUCAAGCGUUCUCUUGAAGUCUGGGGUAGUGAAGAAUCAUUGCAAGAAGCAAAGGAACUCCGCCGUGACAGCAGAGAGAAGAUGAAACAGAAGAAGUUUGAUAAGAAAGUUAAAGAACUCCGCCGUGCCGUGAGGAGUAGUUUGUGGAAGAAAGAAGCUAGCAUACACGAACAUGAGUAUGGACCAGAAGAAAACAUUGAUGAAGAUACAUAUAAAAAGACAUGUACUGUAUGUGGCCAGGAAUUAACUUAUGAGAAAAUGUAGUGUUAAUCUGUUGUUUUGGUUUUUCUUUUUCAAAUUUCAUUAUCUUUUAAAUGGUAUUUUGUAUCCAAGUCAAAUAAAUGCUAAUUACGAACAAUCUGUUGCCA